AUGCUCCCCACCGUAUACCGCCAGACAGGCCUCAAGGACCUCUACCGUAGCCUGCGCCGCGCGUCCCGCCCGAUCCGACGAGCAGUCCGCAUGGUGCGCAUGCCCAGCAUGCCCAAGAUCGCAAUCAAGAACGAUCUCCCCAGCAUGAGCGUCUUCCUCCCCCACCGGCGAACACCCUCUUCCGCCGCCGCUGCCGCUUCCUCCACCCCACGCAGCACUCGCGUCGCACCCGCCCAGUCACCUCGUUCGAUCCCAAGCAGACCGAGGCCGUCUUCGCAUCGCCGCGCAGAGGGUAUCACCUCGGAACCUACUUCCGAGUUCUCCUACCUCCGCGAGCGCGCACAGGUCGUCAUAUCUCCACGGCCUUCGCCGGCUAUCAUUCCAACUGCUGUCGACGCAGAGCUCGAGUACCUCGACGUGCCGCACUCCCCAUCCCCAGAUAGCAGCAUCAGUCAACGCAUCGAACGCGCUGAACGCGCUGAGCGGGUGGAGCGUGCUGGCCGUGCCGAGCGGGUGGAGCGGACUGAACGGGACGAGCUGCUUGAGCGUCUUGAACGCCUUGAGCGUUUGGAGCGUCUUGAACGUCUGGAGCGUCUGGAGCGGCUUGAGAGGGCAGAGCGGGCUGCACGGGCAGAGCAGACUGAAAGGGUUGAGGGGCCUGAGAGGGUCGAAAAGGUUGAGAGGACUGAGAGGAGACAUGUUGAACGGGCUGAACGCACUGAGCGACCACCAGCGAAGCCACAACAACCAAGCUGGUUUGCCACGGCCGGCGUCGCCGCUCUUGGCGCUGGUGCCGCCAUGCUCACCGACGCGAUCGAAGCACGCCUGAAAAAACCCGCACGCAAAGAGACACCCACCAUCCCCGCCGAACCCACACCACCCGUCGAAAUCGCUACCCCUACCGCGCAGCCUCCCCCCGAAGAACCCGAACCCCACUCCCUUCCCAAUCCCGCAGAACUCGGUGCCCAGCCCGACGACGCCGAUAACAUCCCCACCCCACGCAUGUCCAUCGUCCCCCAGAUCCCAGACGACAUGGAGCCCGCCGCCCUCCUCGCCAAGCCCCAAACCGUCCUCCCGCAGAAACCAAUCCACAUCCCCCCUCCCGAAUCGCGCAUACCCUCCGCGGCGACGGCGCGGCGGCACAAGACCUCGUCCGAGCUCGACUUCCGCCCGUCGAGGCCCCCGGCGCAUCUCAUGCACAUGAUCAACGCUAACGCUAACGCCAAGACCAAGAUCCCGGUGUCCGCUUCGCCCUCGUCGGGGCUGAGCCCCGCUAGUCGGUACAGCAGGGUGCGCGAGGGGUCGCAGAACCAGAGCCAGAGUCCGGGGUCGAGCUCGGGUCCGGGACAGAGCCAGAGUCGCCCGUCGAGCACGAACGUGUUUCGUGAUUCGAUGGCGAUGCGCGCGGACGCGCCCAAGGUGCAGGAGCCGAUGCCGCCGCCUCCUGAGCCUGAGUCCGAACCUGAACCCGAACCCGAAGUCGAAGUUGAGCUUGAACAGCCUGAACCUGCAUCUGAACCCGAGCAGGAGCUCGAGCCGGAACAAGAGCAGGAGCAGGAGCAGGAGCAAUUAGAGCAGGAGGAAGAACCACCCGCACCUCCUCCCGAGCCUCCCGCCCCGUUUCUGCCUCCAAAAGCGGAGGAACCGGCACCACCACCUGCACCAACACCAGUACCAGUGCCCGUCGCGGCUCCUACGCCCGUCCGCCCGAUAUCGGUGGCCCAGCGGUCGAUCGCGUCGUCGCAGGCCCCGUCGCGGAAGGAGACGCCCAUUCUCGAGGCCGCUGCGGCGCUCUUUGCAUUCAGGAAGUCGGCUACGCCCGUUCCUGUUGCUACGCCUGUUCCUGCUGCUACGCCCACGCCUGUGGCUACGUCCCGGCCGUCGACGCCGGUUACGACUGGUGCAAAAGCAGAGAAGGCGCAAAGCAAGGUUCUCGGGUCGCGGCCGUCGACGCCGGCAGGUGCCAAUGCCAACGUCAAUGCCAAGGGCAAGGACGAGAAGGAAAAGGCCCAAUCUACGAUUGGCGCGGUCCGGCCGUCGACACCAGUAGGUGGUGCCAAGGCGAAGAAGGCGCAGACUACGAUUGGAGCUGGAGUGAGGCCGUCGACGCCUGCUCAGGAGGAGAAGGAGAAUGCGCAGGCGGCGGGUGGAGGGGGAGCUACUAGGUCGUCGACGCCUGCGGGCAAGGCGCAGGCGCAGAAUAAGGUCGGAUCGAGACCGUCGACGCCGGUGCCCACUCCGCCUGUAUCUGUGCCUGAAAAACGGCCGCUGUCCAAGGCGGGGUCGAUCAGCAAAACUCCAUUCGACGAUAUGUGGAACGAGGCUACUGGGUAUACUGCCGGGGACGCGAAGCAGGCGGAAGUAGAGGCGGAGAGGCGGAUGGCCAAGCAGAAUGAAAAGGAGAUCGAGAACGAGAAGGGGAAGAACGAGAAGAACGAGGCCGGUCGCCCGACGGUGGCGAUUCCUCCUGAACGCGUGGCUUCGCUCGACCCGUUCGGCCUCGGCAGUGCGGCGCCGAGAACGCCCCCGCCGCCCUUCCAGGAGUUCGCGGGUGUGGACGAUGCGUCUGGGCUCGGCGAUGCGCCGUGGGAUGCGCCGCCUGUGGAUGACGGGGGAGAGCCGGCGCCGGCGCUUGAGCAGGAGCCAGAGUCAACGCCGGAGGCAGAGAUGGAGGCGGAGGCGGAGGAGGAGGAGGCGGCGGCACCGGAGCCUCAGCUGGACCCUGAACCUGAAUAUGAAUCAGAGCCAGAGCCCGAACCAGAGCCUGAGCCGACGGUGCUCACGUCCGAGCAGGUCAAAGCGGAGGAGCACCGCGUCAAGUUCCUCGAGAACGUGAUCGCGCUGCAGAAGCCCGAGCUGAUGCGGCUGGAGGAGGAGAUUGACAGCCUCCAGCAGGCGGGGAAGGACAAGGAGGCACAGGACGCGCGGAUGAAGCUCGAGGAGACGCAGGGCCGGAUCGGGGUGCUGACGAGCAGGAUCACGAAGAGGCAUUUCUCGGACGUCCCGCCGCUCAUCGCGUCUGCCGCAUCGCUCACGGUCACAAAAGAGGAAAAGGACAACAUGCCGGAGCUCAUCAACCACGUCAUGCGCGAGGCGGCGAGCGCCCUGCUCGCGCGGGACGACGCGGGCCCGGUGCCCGUCGAGGUCGUCAUCGCGAAUACGAAGAAGGAGCUCAAGGGCAAGAAUGCGCGCGUGCGCGACGGUAUCGCUGGUGCGAUGGGGGCAUUCGGCUUUAAGACUUCGACCUCGGCAGACAAACCAGGCACACUUACGAUCACUGUUUGA